CUCGCUUGCAGUGUUCCUGCUUGUGAUGGGAUGUUCCAAUCGCACGCCAUCCAUGGGGGGGGCAGACAAUGCUGUGAUUAUCUACCAAUCAGUCAGCCGGUGUUUUAAUGUCAGUGACAGAUGUGGUGUCAGUGCCUUGACCGCCCUCACCCCCUGCCCCGCCAUAGACACAUCAUGAGGACUGCUGGGCCAGGGAUGUAUGUUACAGAAUAAAAGCUCUCCCCCUCCUCCAUAUCUAGGUGUGAGAAAGCCUCCAGUGUGGGAGACAGCCAGAGAGCAGCCGGUGUGUGCACCUUGUGACAGCUCUUGCAAGGUGCUGGAGCAGCAGGAGCUCAGCUCCCAAGCUGGGCAUUAUUUGAGUCCCCUUAGGACUGGUGCAGGACUCACCCCCCCCCCCCCCCGAGCUCCUGCCUUGCUGAGAUCAGGAUCCCCCUGCAGCCUGUCCUGAUCCCCUUUGUUUGAGGUGCUGCAGACCUGACCCCCCCUAGGGAGGAGUUUGGGCAGGGGUCACACUGUGCCAUGCUCUGAUCCCCCCCUCCUUCUUCUCCAACCUGCACCUCCUCCUCCUCCCCAGCCAUCCCCGGGACAUAAAUGAUAGAGGAUACCAUGACUCUGCUGUCUCUCCUGGGUAGGAUCAUGCGUUACUUCUUACUCAGACCCGAGACCCUGUUCUUGCUGUGUAUCAGCCUGGCCCUCUGGAGCUACUUCUUCCACACGGACGAGGUGAAGACCAUCGUGAAGUCCAGCCGGGACGCCGUGCAGAUGGUGAAGGGGAAGGUGGCGGAGAUCAUGCAGAAUGACCGUCUCGGGGGGUUAGACGUGCUGGAGGCUGAGUUCUCCAAGACCUGGGAGUACAAGAGUAACAAUGUGGCCGUGUACUCCAUACAGGGCAGGAGAGACCACAUGGAGGACCGCUUCGAAAUCAUCACUGACCUGCUCAACAAGAGCCACCCUUCCAUCUUCGGCAUCUUUGAUGGGCAUGGAGGAGAGUCUGCAGCUGAAUACGUGAAGACUCAUCUGCCUGAAGUGUUGAAACAGCAUCUUCAAGAUUUUGAAAGGGAUAAAGAGAACAGCGUGCUAUCCUACCAAACCAUACUCGAACAGCAGAUUCUAGCAAUAGACCGUGAAAUGUUGGAAAAGCUGACUGUAUCCUAUGAUGAAGCAGGUACUACGUGCUUAAUUGCAUUAUUAUCAGAUAAAGAGCUCACAGUUGCUAACGUUGGCGAUUCACGUGGGGUCUUGUGUGACAAGGAUGGAAACGCUAUCCCUUUAUCGCACGACCACAAACCAUAUCAGCUGAAAGAAAGAAAGAGGAUUAAAAGAGCAGGUGGCUUCAUCAGUUUCAAUGGAUCUUGGAGAGUUCAAGGGAUUUUGGCGAUGUCCCGUUCCCUUGGAGAUUAUCCCCUGAAAAAUCUAAAUGUCAUCAUCUCAGAUCCCGAUAUAUUAAGCUUUGACCUGGACAAACUUCAGCCAGAAUUCAUGAUCUUGGCAUCUGAUGGCCUAUGGGAUGCAUUUAGCAAUGAAGAAGCUGUCCGGUUUAUCAAAGAGCGUUUGGACGAACCACAUUUUGGAGCCAAGAGCAUCGUGUUACAGUCAUUUUACAGAGGAUGCCCUGAUAACAUAACUGUCAUGGUUGUAAAGUUCAGGAAUAGUAGCAAAACAGAAGAUCAAUAAAGUUUCCAUAAAUGGACUACAGGCAACUUAUUUUAUUUUAACUUAGUAAGAAAACAUCAAACCUUAAGAUUAUUCUACAGCCCUAUACCCAUGUCUUUGGCUCGAACAUGGCCUCAUCACAGUUAAUGUAUCCAUCAAAUGUAAAAUGAUGAACCAACGGGAAACAUAUAUGACCCAACAUUGUUACUCCAUUAACAUGCAACUAUCUGUAUUAAAACAAAAAAGUGUUCUUGCCUUUGAAAUGUUACUAUUUAUUUUGUUUAUUGGUGGUGGGGGGGGGGGGAGCGGGGGGUGCUAGCAACACAAUAUCUGUAAUAUGCCAAGUGUAAUGAAUUUGAGUGAUUUCUCACCAGCUCUGAGCUGCAGUAAUUGGAAAGAAUUAUCUCGGACUUAUUACACUGUAGUGCAUAUGAUAUCAAUAUUUAUUUAGAAUUGACAUUCUGUAGAGAUGUAAUAUUUAUUCACUCUAUUUUUGUAAAAACAAAUGCUCAAAGUGAAAAAAUUAUUUGUGUUAAGUUGUAAGAUACUAUCCACCAAAAGACAACUAUAAAAGAAACCACUAGUAGCUCCGUGCAAACUAUAUGGUGUUUAUAAAUGUAUAUUACCUGCCAGAAUACCAAUUAGGUGGCAAGACUAUCUCCAUGUGUAUAUUACAUCAGUAAGGUUCAACCAGGAGUGCAUUCUGAGACAUUAAUGCAUCAUUUAUGAACAAAUGGGAGUCAAAUAUAAUAUUUAACUCGGAAUUCAGAAAAAGGCAUAUAAUAUUUCAUCAUCAAUGUUUAGUUUUGUUUUUUUGUUUUUUGCUUCUACCUAUCUAUCAUAUUGGACUUUAAAGCAAAAAUAUAUAUAUUUAACUUUUUGUGACAGAAGCAGAUUUUGCAACUGUCUGAGACAUGUUGUUGGACUCAUUGAUGUUGCUUAUGCGUAACUAGAUUAAUCCAAGUACAACAUUUGAAACAAAAUGUGUUUGCCAUGGUGAUGUUAAAAGGGAACGUGUCUCUAAAUAAGAAAACCUAGAACUGCUUUUAAAGCUUUUCCUGUUGAAUGAAAUAAGAAUAUUCAUCGUUCAAAGGUUCCUGUUUAGUGAAGAGUUUGCUGAAGCAUUUUCAUAACCCUUUUUGUACCAUGUCAUUCAAGAUUAACGGGAAUAAUGUGUGUAAAAAUAGUGUAAUUCAUCAUGCAUUUGGGGGCAAACCAAUUUUACUGAAAUGGUGCUAUAGCAUUGGAUUUCUCUGCUGUAGAAAAGGUUUAUAGAAAUGAAUAAUAAAACAAUGCAAUCACUCAA